AUGAAUAUUGCGACAGUAAAGGCCUUACGAGCUCGCUCAGUGCAACGAUCGAUGCCAAGUUCUGCUUUUCUGCUGCCUUCAGAUCAGUUUUGGAAUAAAACUGAAGUUCUGAUUCAGACACCGACAAGAAACUACACAGUGGGUGAUUAUAAACAGUUCUUCACAGAUAUAAAUUUUCCUGAUGGAUAUCUUAUGAGGAAAGACACCGAGAACUUGGUGAAUCCGAUGAAGCCUCCGAAUGUCCAGGUUCACUGCUUAUACAGUUCCGGGUUACCAACUGCCAAAACCUUGGUGUACACAAAGGAUGAAUGGCCAAACAAACAGCCAAAGCUAAUAAAUGAAGAUGGCGACCAUACAGUUUCUCUGCGAAGUUUAGAAGGUUGCCUACGUUGGAAAACUCUUCAGAAACAACCUAUUGAUUCGAAACAAUUUCAUGGGAUUAAACAUCUAGAUAUGCUGAAAGAGGAUAUUGUGAUAGACUACAUCAAAAGCAUUUUGAUCAAAUAG